AUUAUAGGCCCUCCUAUAAAACUACCCCUGCCCGACCAGCGGCCCGCAACGGCUAGUUUUAGUUGCAUUCUCAAACGUCUACUUUUAUUUCCUUUCCUUCUUUCUUCUCAGUCCCAAACUCAACUUGCUCCGUAGGAACAACCUUGUUGCGGAGGAGAAGAAGAUGACAGAGGAAUCCAGCCGAGCCGUUGAUUCGUGUGCGCUGGCCGGGGCGACAGCUCCUCCGGCGCCGCUCCCUCAGAACCGACGGCCGAGAGUUAGGGAGGUCAGUUCUAGAUUUAUGACCCCUCUAAUUUCAUCUUCAGCAUCAUCCGCUGCAGUUUCUUCCCCCUUCGAUCAUCGGUCGAAAUCUACGUUCAGGCGGCACCCUCAUCAACAGUCCCUGAACGAACCGUUGUCCUCCCGUCCGGUCGAGGAUGAGAACAUUCCUGAUGUUAUGCGCAAUUCUACUGGUUCACAAAUGCUCAGCAAGGCUGCAAUACUAUUGUCAACUGUCCAGAGGAAGCCGCAGCAAAAGACAAAGGUUUUGAAGGAAAAUGGUGGCAGUAGAUUCGAACAGCAGCAGUCAGCCUCUGAUUCACCCGCCCAAUCUAAAAGGGUGUCUUCUUCUUCCUCCUCCUCUUCUUACAGGCCUGAUACUCCAUAUGCACGAGGUGGUGCUGAGAGGAUUGUUCCAUCCAGAUAUCGGGUAACUCCCCACCCUCUCCAUCGCCAGACUCAAAACCACUGUGGUGCUGCACAGACACCAUUCAGUGCUGCUGCUCAACUAGUGCAGGAGUCCACCAGCACUUCCAAUACCCCAACACCAAAAGAUGAUUAUGAUUCUUCUGAUAACGAAUCUGUACAAAACAGAAAAUCAUACCCAAAUUCCCCCGUUUGUAUAACUAGUAGUAAGAUAGCCCGGGGGCCCUGGACCACUCGGGCAUCCAUGCCCGAGGUUGAUAGAUGGCUCAUUGAUAAAAAUUCCACUCCGAAAUGUGUUCGUUCCUUGAGUUUGUCAAGAUCAAGUAGUGAUUCGAAGAACCUUUGCCUUCCUCCACAGCCCACCACAAAACCAGGAUUGGAUAAGAAAGUAAGAAGGGGUGUUAAUAACCAUCCGGACGACGAUCAUUCCUUAAAGAUGCUCCAAAACCAUUACCUGCAGUGGCGGUAUGCAAAUGCCAAAGCAGAGGCGUCUGUACAUUCUCAAUCAAUGGAAGCUGAGAGGAAAUUAUAUUCCCUUGGAUGCCAGAUUAAUGAUUUGCGGGAAAAGGUGAGCAUGAAACGCGCUGAGUUGGCCUCACUACAGAGGAUUAAAACUCUGUCCACCAUUCUUGAAACUCAAUCACCGUGUCUUGAGGAAUGGUCUGCCAUAGAGAAUGGGUACUCAGCAUCUUUAUCUGGAGCGACAAGUGCAUUGCAGAAUGCCUCUCUACAGUUACCAGUCAGUGGAGUUAGGGUUGACUCAAGAGAACUAGCUGAGUCAUUUAACUCGGCUACUAAAGUGAUGGAACAGAUGCAUUCUGAUAUAGAGAGGUUUGUGUGCAAGGCAGAAGACGUAGAUUCUUUGGUUUCGGACUUGGCUAGGGUGAGUAGUGGAGAAAGAUCUUUCAUUGAAGAGUGUGGGGAUUUACUUAUGAAGGUACAUGCUUCACAGAUAACGGAAUGCAGCUUAAAGGGGCAUAUGGUUCAACUCAGUCGAAUCAUUGACCAGUUAAGAAGCUCUACGUAGGAGUAAGGUUUCGUCAACUUCUGCAAUAGUCCUUUCAUAGCAUGGCCCUAUAGGUUCUUCACUGCAAUAUUUCCCAACCUCGUUUACUUUCAAGCUAUAUAUACAGUGUUUGUAUGACAAAUGAUGAUGACACACACAUUCAAACAUUUUACCGACAGCAAGAAUGAUUCUUUUUUUCUUUUUGUGCGUAAAUAAAUUAUUGUACAUUGCAAUAUGCUGUUUUCUAUCAUUGAAUUGGUUAUGGGUAGUUUUUGC